AUGGCAAAGCUUUCCGCUAGCAUCGUAAUUCUGAAUCUAUGUGUUUAUUUGCUGAGUUCGCCGGUCAGUGUGAUUGGUUUCAAGAACUUAUUUCCACAUUUCUACGAGACCCCAUCGCAGAAAAUUCUAGAAAUCGAAGAAGCUGACACCAUACAGGACGUUCUGGCAAUUUUAUUUCCAUCUGAAGAUCCAAGUGAUGUCUGGAGGACUCUGGAAGUUCGAGAAGGUUUGUCAGCUAGUCCUGGCGGUAGAUUUUCUCCUGGUGAUGAAGAAAUAAUCUGGAAAAAUAGAACAACAUCUGAAAUGCAGGAACAAGACAUACCUCGAAUCAAUAACCAGAAAGCAGAGAGUGAUUGUAAAACACCAGUUGAUCAAAUCGUCGACUCAUACGAAGAACUGCAUAUAGUAGAAGGGUUGAAUACGCACAUAUGGCCUGACUGUUUCAUGGUUCAACGAUGCAGUGACACGUCUGGGUGUUGUCCAACCGGGCAUAUCUGUCAGUUGAAAGCAGGCUCCACAACUAUGGUGGAAAAGAUGUUUUUGGUGUUCACCAUAAACAAUAACGGUGUCUCGCAAACACACAUUGCGAUGAAGAACGUGACGUCACAUGGCGAUUGCGAAUGUAUAGCAGCAGUGGAAAGUAUUGAAAACAGUGCAUGUUCUAAACCUCCAAGACUCUGUCCCGAUGCAAAGGAAUGGAACAGCAACACGUGCUCAUGUGAGUGCUCAAAGAAAUGUCCGCCUCCUUAUUUACGAGAUCCUAACUCCUGCGUAUGUGAAUGUUUGCAUUCGGAUAGAUCCUGUGGACAAGUAAAAAGAGGUCUAACUCUUCUUCCGCCCAGUGGAUGCGAGUGUGUAGCUUCCGGGGAGUGUGCAGACCCGGCAUGCAAAUCUGGAUUCUUUGCGUCAUCCCAAUGUAAAUGCAUCGUCUACAAUAAGUGAACAUGACCGUCAGCCACAUGGCACAUGUAUUACUUACAAUGAUUAUAUAUUGCAUGCUGGGUAAUGUCAUGAAUUUGUUUUUGCGUAUCUGUUGACCGACUUAAUUACUGAUUAUUAGCGAAUUGCUGUGUUAUGUCUGUCAUCGUUUAGCCUAUUUGAAGUUUUGGACGGAACUUGGCUCAAUGAUUUGGAACUAAUUUACCAAUAACCGCC